AUGGACGAUUUUUCAUAUUACCAAACAAAUGAUUUGCUACACGCUAAUGCUUGGUCUCAGCAACCAGGUCAGAAUCCAUGGGUUACAUCCGUGCCAGUUGAACAGCAUUACUAUUCCAACGCCGGGCAAUAUGUCGUAGGAGAAACUCCUCAAGGGUAUCAACCACAAGUCGUGUCUGGCAGUGAUCACAAGAAGACGAAGCAAACAAAAGAAAUUCAACAGAAAAGUCAAGCCGUGUCUAGUAGUGAUCACCAUAAGAAGAAACAUACAAAAGAAAUUCAACAGUUAAACGAAGCCGUGUCUGAAAGUGAUCACCACAAGAAGAAACAUACAAAAGAAAUUCAACAGUUAAACGAAGCCGUGUCUGAAAGUGAUCACCACAAGAAGAAACAUACAAAAGAAAGUGAACAGUUAAACGAAACCGAAUAUUUAAGAGAAGAACGUUUCUUGGGCCUUCCCAUUAGUGCAGAAUCUUUAUUAGGUGUUCGUUUUGGGUCUGCAUCUCCGCUUUUUAUUGAAAUAAAAAAAUACCUCAAUAUUGAACCAAACGAUUUGCCUUCGAAAACUCCAGAAAUGAUACCAAUGUUUGUUGAAAAAGCAGCUCAAGGUAUUAUCGAAGAAGGAAAAAAAAUAGAAAAGGAAGAAAAAGUUAAGCAGAUGGUAGCAGCGCUUAUACAAAACAAGGACAAAGGAAAGGAAGAAGUAUGGAAACAAUGUGUUUAUUUGUACACAUCAAAAAAUUUUUUAUACAACGCAUUGAAUGAAACUAUGAAAUUAGUAGGAGACCAGAAACAAGAAAAUAAAUGGCGAAGCAAAGUACCUACAUUAGGUCCAUUUUGUUUGUUGUUAUUGGAUAACCCAUUUAACAAAGAAUUGACUAAAAACAAAACAAUUUACCGAAGUGCUAAUAUUAAGCCUGAAGAAAUUGUUCAGUAUGAAGAAAUGGCUAAAAGCAAGAGUUCACAUCAAUCAUUUAAAGUGUAUACAUCUUGCACACGCAAUCUUGAAAAAGCAAAGGCACUGGGAAAUACUUUAUUCACAAUGGAUGUGUUGGAUGGUUUUAUUCUGGAUAUAAGUCCAUACUCGAAAUAUCCAAAAGAGGAGGAAGAACUCAUUACACCUGGAGUUUGUUUUUGUGUUAAAAGUGUUAAAUUCCACCAAAAGAAAAAAAGAUAUUUGAUUAAUUUAGAAUUACGACAAAAAUUCAGCAGCAUUUUAGACAAAAUACCAAAGUCAAUAGUGCAACCAACCAAACCAAAGAAGCAUAUCUACUUUGCCUAUAUGGAAAAUGAGCAUGAUGCACCACUUGCUGAAAGAUUAAUAAAUUAUUUUGAUCAACGGCGAUUUAGAGUUUAUUUUCCUCGAGAAAAGGAAGAUCUUAAUACAAAAAUUGCAAAUGGUAUUGAAAAUGCUGCUGUAGUUCUAGUUUUCCCAUCUCUUGAUUUACAAAAAUCAAAAGAUGGGUCAAAAAUAUUGAAUUAUGCUGAUCAAACAAAAGUACCAAUGUUAGCUAUUAAGAUUUAUAAAGAUUUUCAACCUGUAGACUGGUUAGGUACUAUUUUGGCUCUUGCAAAAUAUUGCUCAAAUGAUUUUGAUGAAGUUAUAGAUAAUCUAAUAUCAAUGAAAAUCAAUACUAGUGACCUUAUUCUUGAAAGAGGUGAAAAAAAUGAACCACAACCAAUAGACGAAUAUCUAUUUAAGGGCGACACAAAAUCGGAAAAUGUGAAAGCUAGUUAUCAUAAAUCGGGCGAAGAAUUCCCGGUGGAUUUUGAUUUUUUGGGUCUGAAACAGGGAAACGUAUUUGGUCAAGGAGAUGAUAAACAUGGAGCUUUUACUCUUACUGGUGAAUAUAAGCUUGAAGGUACAUCUGGUGUUAUCGAAAUGAAAAAACAGUAUGUUGGAAAAGAUUCCGUUACAUAUCAAGGAAAGAUUUCAUUUGAAGAAUUAAAAUGUGUGAUAGAAGGAGAAUGGAAAGAAGACAAAGUAGAAGAUAAAUUUUCCAUACAUUUAACUCUUCCACGACCAUAUACGGGCGAUAUUGAACAAACACCACUGCCAGAAGUUUCACGAAAAAAAGGAACUAAAGUUAUGAUUUCUUAUUGUCCAUCUCAAUAUGAUUUAGCACAAAAGAUAACUAAUGCAUUGAUUGCGAAAGAUAUUCGUGCUGUUUGUCCGCGACUGCAAAUUCAUGAAAUGAUAAAAACAGCAGGUAGGAAAGCAGCAGUCGUUGUACCAUUAAUGAGUAAAGCAUAUGAAUCAUCGGAUAUGGCAAAACGUGUUCUAUCCUAUGUUGACGAAGCUGAUAUUCCAAUAGUUCCUGUAAAAGCGCAAAAACCUUACACACAAAGUGGUUGGCUUGGUGUUAUUUGUGCUGGUGCAUUAUAUACAGAAAUGACAGAUGUUAAAAUAUUUGACAAAAAGCUUGAUGAACUUAUAAAAGAAUUAAAACCCUAUCUGAACAACUCUGGAGACGAAGAGCAAGAUGAUAUCCUUGUUGAUGGUAGUGUUGCUGAAGGUUAUUAUAUGCGAUCGGGAAAACAAAUUCCUUUAGAGUUUGAAAUGUUUAGUAUGGUAAAUGGAUAUAUUUCUGGUGAAGGGAAGGAUGACGUUGGUCCCUUUGUAAUUCAAGGGACUUAUAAUGGCUUACAGGAUACGGAAGAUUUAAAAUACGAAUUUAGCAAACAUUAUGUCGGAAAAUAUGGGAUCCAGUAUUCUGGAACCAUAACUGCAGAAGAUUCUGAAUUAAUCUUUGAGGGAAAAUGGUCUCACAACAACGAAUCAGACCGUUUCCAUUUAGAAGUACCUGUUAAUGAAUCAUCAGUAAAGUUUCAUGUUAUGCUAAGUUACAAUUGGAAGAGUCAAGAAUUAAUCAAGAAAAUAGCCGGUAAGCUCAAAGAGAACGAUGUCCCGAUUUGGUUUGAUAUUGACGGUGAUAUGAAAGGUAAUAUCAAUGCUGCUAUGGCUAGUGGUGUUGAAGGUGCCGCGAUGAUUAUCAGUUUCGACACUGUCGCUUAUAGUAAAAGUGCUAAUUGCCAAAAAGAAUUUACAUAUGCUACGCAAUUGGGAAAAUCUAUUAUUCCUGUUCUUCUUGAGGACGAAAAGGGUUUUAAGGACACAUGGCUAGGAAAAGCAAUAGCUUCUUUAAAAACAUUGAAUAUGAAAAAGGAAAGUAAAUUUGAUUCCUGUUUUGAUUCUAUCUUAAAAAUAAUUAAGAAAGCUCUUGAAAAGAAAGUUCGUGAAGAGAAAAUACGUCAAGAGAAAGAACUUAACGAGCCUCCUAAACCUGAAGUAAUAACACGGUUUGAAGGCGGUGUCGUUCGUGGAAAGGAUUAUAAAGGUGAUAAAUCUUUUGCUGUGCACUUUGACCUUUUUAGCUUAAGAGAAGGAAAAGUUUUUGGUGAAGGUGUUGAUAAGAUUGCAGUUUUUAUAGCAGCUGGUACUUAUGACAAUGAAGGAAAUGUUAAUUUCAAAAAGCAAUACGUUGGAAAACAUGCUGUUGAAUACAAAGGAAAACUUAAAUGCGAUGAGUUUGGCGGAUUCAAGAUCAAAGGAAAAUGGAACUAUGGUAGUGCAACGGGUAAAUUCUCUAUAAAAAGUGUUUCUCUGACUAUAGAUGUUGAAAAUACUCAUUAUCAUGAAGAUAAUACAAAUAUUGAUAAUAAUGAAAAUUUUUACGAAGAUGCUAAUAGUGGUGUUUACGGAGGUGAUAAUGGUGGUGAUUACGGACAUGGUAAUGGUGGUGAUUACGGACAUGAUGAUGAUGGUGAGUGCGGACAUGAUGAUCGUGGUGAUGACGGACAUGAUGAUGGUGGUGAUAAUGGUGCUGGUUACGGAGGUGAUAGUGGUGGUGGUUACGGAGGUGGUUACGGAGGUGGUUACGGAGGUGAUGGUGGUGGUGGUUACGGUGAUUAUUAG